AAAUCGUCGGAUUGUCCAUCUCGGCAAUCGGAAGAAAUAUCAUCAAGGGGAAAAGAACCCAGUGCAAUUCAUUCAGGGAAGCUAUAAACACAUAAAAUACAUCAUGAGAGAAAUAGUUCAUAUGCAAGCUGGCCAAUGUGGCAACCAAAUUGGAGCAAAAUUCUGGGAAGUAAUAUCAGACGAGCACGGUAUUGACCCCACAGGUACCUACCAUGGAGACUCAGACCUUCAGCUCGAGAGAAUUAAUGUUUACUACAACGAAGCCACUGGUGGCAAAUAUGUACCACGUGCUGUUCUAGUUGACUUGGAGCCGGGAACCAUGGACUCUGUCAGAUCAGGGCCAUUCGGACAGAUCUUCAGACCUGACAACUUUGUGUUCGGUCAGUAUUUUCAAACUAUAUAAGGUUGUUCAUCUCAACAUCAUGCU